AUCCAAAUGUCCAAUCCUUACUCUCCCCCUUUCCUCUGUUCCUCCCUGCAAGUUCUCGAUAAACUCCAGGCGUAUCCUGCCUGCCACCUGCCCCCAACAACUCCUUGCAUCGCUCGCUUGCAAGUUGAGCUUCUCCAAGGCCGCCCGCGAUCGUCCCCCUUUCGGAACGCUUUCUCUGGCGACUUUGGCGCAAUUUUCGGAAUUUUCUUCGGGGUCUGUCGCAGCCAAGAUGGACACCAACGCGACGGGCUUCACCUCGCCGUUGGCGAGCGCGAAAUACGGCAGCGUGAAUAUUCCACCACAACUUGAAUAUGUCGUCGAUGCCGUUACCAACGCGAGCGGCUGGACCAUUGCCAUCACCCUUUUCGCCCUCCUCGUUGCAUACGAUCAAUUCAGCUACAUCUGGAAUAAAGGUUCCAUCGUCGGCCCAGCAUGGAAACUCCCAUUCAUUGGCCCUUUCCUGGAAUCCAUGGAUCCCAAGUUCGAGGAGUAUUACGCGAAAUGGAAGAGCGGCCCCCUGAGCUGUGUUUCUGUAUUCCACAAAUUCGUUGUCAUUGCUUCGACUCGUGACAUGGCCAGGAAGGUCUUCAAUUCGCCCGCCUUCGUCAAGCCAUGCGUCGUCGAUGUCGCCCACAAGCUUCUCGGUGCCGAUAACUGGGUGUUCCUGGACGGAAAGGCUCACGUUGAUUUCCGCAAAGGUUUGAACGGUCUGUUCACCCGCAAGGCUCUCGAGAUCUAUCUGCCUGGUCAGGAGGAUGUGUAUAAACGGUAUUUCCAACAGUUCCUCGAUAUAACCAAGGAGGCUGGGGGGAAGCCGGUUCCCUUCAUGCCGCAAUUCCGCGAGCUCAUGUGUGCCGUCUCCUGCCGUACCUUCGUUGGGCAUUAUAUUUCGGAUGAAGCCGUGAAGAAGAUCGCCGACGACUACUAUCUCAUCACUGCCGCCCUGGAGCUGGUCAAUUUCCCCAUCAUCAUCCCGUACACCAAGACCUGGUAUGGCAAGAAGGCCGCUGACAUGGUCCUGGCCGAGUUCGCUAAAUGCGCUGCGAAGAGCAAGGUCCGUAUGUUGGCUGGCGGCGAUAUCUCAUGUAUCAUGGAUGCGUGGGUCAAGCAGAUGGUUGAUUCCAAGAGGUGGCGAGAGAUGGAGGCGAAGGGCGCGACGACCGAAGACAUGGAGAAGCCGAACCCGCUGCUCCGGGACUUCAGCGACUACGAGAUCUCGCAGACCAUCUUCACCUUCCUCUUCGCUUCUCAGGACGCCACCAGCAGCGCUGCAACUUGGCUUUUCCAGACCAUGGCCCAACGCCCCGAUGUGCUGGAUCGUGUUCGCGAGGAGAACUACAAGGUCCGCAACGGUGACAUCCAUGCCCCCUUGAACAUGGAUCAGCUCGAGUCGAUGAAGUACACGCGCGCCGUCGUGAGGGAACUUCUCCGCUACCGACCACCGGUUCUCAUGACUCCGUACAUGGCCAAGAAGGCUUUCCCCAUCACCGACACGUACACAGUCCCCAAGGGUUCCAUGGUUAUAGCGACGGUUUAUAUGGCGUUGCGUGACCCCGACGUUUAUGCCAACCCCGACGAGUUCGAUCCUGACCGGUACUAUUCCGGGGAUGCUGAGCAGAAGGGCCUGAAAAACUACCUCGUCUUCGGCACCGGGUCUCACUACUGCCUCGGUCAGCAGUAUGCUCAACUGAACCUCGCCCUGUUCGUCGGAAAGGCUUCGCUUCUACUGGACUGGACACAUCACCCCACACCCCUAUCCGAGGAGAUCAAGGUGUUCGCCACCAUCUUCCCCAAGGAUGACUGCCCGCUGACGUUUGAGGAGAGAAAAUGGUAAAUUUCUCUAUACGACGAAUUGCGGCUGAGUUUCGAGGUGUUAGCGCGGCGAGCCGAUCCUAAUAGCAGGGGGGAAAGGACAGAUAUUCGAGGCUUACUAUGCGGCUGAAAUGCCGUCGCCCUGUGGAAUACAGGUUGCCUUUGGUGCAACGACCUGCGAGAACGUGAUAAACCGCGUUGUUAGCGAUGGGGACUACAUGGGAACCUGCAUCGCCCGGGCAUCAACAUGGCUGCACCAUACAGGCCAGCCCUACUUAGACAAUUGUAAUACUGAAGGAUGUAAAUAGCGUUUAAUAUCGGGACGGCUGCAACGGACACUGGGGGUUCCCAGACUGUCCUGAGUGUCCAGCCUCAUCGGAUUCUUAGGGCGGAAUAACCCAGGACGUGUAUCAUGUUCAAAUCGGUUCGAUGGUUUUCGAGAAAAAAUGUAUGGCCGGCCAGACCGCG